AUGGGAAGCCGCCUGGGAAGGAGGGUGAUCCACUUUGCUAACCUACCCAUCAAGCUCCUGAUGCCCGCGGACACGUCGCCGGCCGCCCUCGGGAGCAUCCGCGAGAUCGCCAUCAAGACCCUGCCGUCGGCGUCCAAGGUGGAGAUCCGCCGUGUGCUGGAGUCCCUCUACGGCUUCGAGGUAGCGGAGGUCCGCACCCUGAACAUGGAGGGCAAGAAGCGGAAGCGUGGCGGGAUCCUCAUCGCCAAGCCGGACUACAAGAAGGCCUUCGUCACCCUCCGCACGCCGCUCUCCCUCUCCCCCGAUCUUUUCCCCAUCCGCCACGUCGAGGAGGAGAGGGUCCGCACCAAGCAGCAGGCCCAGCGGCAGAGCAUCGUCGGCGACGACGGGGCCGGCGGCGACGGGGCCCCGAGGCACUGGCUCGACGGCGAAGCACCGACGCGGGGCGGGCAUCGCGGGCGGCAGCCCGACGGGCGGCGCGCGCCGGGGGAGAAGAAGGAGAGGAAGCCGCUGGCUGGUAAGGGCGCCCGCGCCGGCAAGGUGGGCCUCGCCGUAGCCACCGAGGAAGGCACCCGCUUCCCUUGGAGCAGCAUGCGUUCGUGGAGGAAGUAG